AUGGACUCUGAGUCAGAAACUUUCAAAUUUUGCAUUAUCAUUGGCGCUGGUGUGGGUGGUCUUGUGCAGGCGGCGGAGUUGCUACGAAAGAAGGUGUUACAGCCGCAAGACUUACAAAUCCUCGAACGACACAGCGAUUACGGGGGCGUUUGGAAAGCUGCAACUUAUCCAGGUGCUGCCUGUGAUGUAUUUAGUUGCACCUACCAGGUCAGUUGGCAUCGAAAUCCAGACUGGAACUAUCUUUUCCCCACGGCUUCAGAACUCGUCCAAUACUACCAAAACUUUGCCAAAUACUACAAGAUUACCGACUGUACAACUUUUGGCCAGAACGUUACACAAGCCACUUGGUCUGAAGAGCGAUCGUUGUGGGUCGUGGACGUUAAAGAUGCCCAAUCUGGAGUAUGCAAACGUUGGACUUGCCGUGUUCUUAUACAGGCUGCCGGAACGUAUAAUCGGACGAGCACACCACAAAUUCCGGGAAUGGACCGUUUCACGGGCAACAUGUGGCAUGCUUCAGAGUGGCCGGCGAAGUACGACUUCACCGGCAAGUCUGUGGCGUAUGUCGGAACUGGCCCAACAUCUGUCCAGGUACUGCCGUACAUUCAAGCACAAGCAAAGUCGGUCAGUGUAUUUUGCCGAAGCAUGACUUACUGUCAUCCGUUCAGCAACUUUAAAUAUCCAGCUUGGAUUAAAUGGGCAUUCCGCUGGAUCCCUGGCUUUCUUGCCUUAUACGCCUUCAUGAUUGGGAAUCUUUUUGGUCUAUGGGCGUAUUUCGCCUUUCGACCUGCAUCUUGGAUGGCGAAGAAUACGGAACGCUAUUGUCGCCGCACUUUGGAGAAACAAGUGCCUGAUGAUGUUCUGCGUCAAAAGUUAACACCGGUCGGGCGAUUUGGGUCUAAGAGGCCACUGGUGUCUCUCUCGGGAUUCUUUGAGACGCUUCAGAAGGAUAAUGUUGAAGUGAUUAAUUAUUCCAUUAUUGCGGUGGACGAAUACGGUGUUAUUACAAAGCGACCACACACAGACGAUAAUUUGCAUAUUAAAGCAGAUGUUCUCAUAUGGGGAACUGGAUUUAAAAUGCAAGGCUGGGGCGGAGCAGUGCCUACAACAGGUCGUGAUGAUCAAAUUCUCAGCGAUCAUUGGAAGAGUUCGCCUAAUGCUUUAUAUGGGACUAUGACAUCAAAGUUUCCCAACCUCAUCUUCAUGAACGGCCCCAAUACUACUACGCCCUGGUCAAGUUUGAUCCGAGGGUUGGAGAUGCAAGCAGCGUUUAAUCUCAAGAUCAUUCGACGCAUUUAUCAACAGUCUGUCACGCUUCCACGUUAUACUAUAGAACCACGCCGUGAAGCAGAAGAAGCUUGGACAACAUCCAUGCAGCCGGAGCUCAAUAAACUGGCUACUAGCCCGGAAUAUGGACCUGCUUUUUAUUAUUUGAAUGAAAGCGGACAAAAUACUUUCUUCUUUCCGUGGGCACAGCGAUAUUACCAAUGGAGGACGAGAAAGUUGAAUAUCGUGGAGUACGUUGAAUCGGGGUUAUCCAAAUCAGAGUAA